GGAAAGCAAACUGAACGCUCAAAAUAAUGGCGACUGUCAUUAUUGCUGCUUGGAAACUAACUCUUUUUUGCUUUUCUCUCUUUCUUCAAGGUAAGUAAUAAGGUUUUAAAGUUUCGAUACGAUUAAUGGUGAUUUGCUGUACUUAAAGAGCUACUUUUGGAGAAAAAUACUGAUGAUUUGCAUUGUAACUUGUUGAGAAUAAUCUCCGUUCAAAAGCGUUUGCUUUGUUUAACUGGAAACAUGUAAACAAAGAAAAUAUCCUUUGUUGGAGACAUGUUCCUUGCAGAAUGUCUCACCACCGCUUUGCAAGAAAAGAAAAGAAAAAGAAAAAAAAAGAAAACGGAAAUAAAACAGGUUUUAGCUGAAGUCUUUGAGGGUUGUCCAUAUUAAUUUAUUUGUUACUGUAAUAGAAGCAAAAGCUUGUGCAUGCCACACGUAACAGCUAAUGUUUGUAUGAUUCGAAAUUUGCUGAACCUUAUGGUUAAUUUUUCUUACUGAUACUAAGGCUUGCUAAGUCUUGCAAUGCACGCAUGCAUUAUCAGCUGAGGAAAAAAAAACAAAUGUAGUUAUUUUUGCAGCAUUUGUUACUGGUUUAUCAUCACUGGCCAUAAAUGCAUCCUCUGUCGAAGUUGGAUAUUUAUGGGAGAAUCCAAGACUUGAAAAUGUCCACACUUCAGAAGUAGUCAUGGACAUUGAACGCAGCGGAAGCAUUCUUCGACUGAUUUGUGACAUCACGCCUCCUCUACCGCAAGAUGGAGAACACUGGGAUAAAAGGGAUGAAAUUGUUAGAUGGUACAAGACUGCUCCUAAAGCUGAGCCUGUGAAAAGUGUACGUUAUUGGUCCAACGAUAUGUCAAAGACUGCUAUAUCAUUCUCAAAUGUCACCCUUGAUACCCUUGGGACCUAUUCUUGCAUUUAUGGUGAUAUAUCAGCUUCAAUUGAUGUGUUAGGUGAGGAAGUCAAUGGCAGAGUAAGAGAAAAAUUUUACUAUCCACUUGUCCUUCCGACAAGCACUAUAUUACCGUAUUUAUUCGAUUAACCGCCCUGGGCGCUUAUUAAAUUUUUGGACCUUGAGAGUGGGCGCUAUUCGAGGUGGGCGCUUAUUCGAGGCUGGGCGCUUAUUAAAUUUUCACCAUUUUCAGCAAGUGAAGUAUGUUUAUUUUGCAACAAAACAAUAAAUGCUAAUAACAAAACGCGAAGAAAUAACAAAGCAAGGUUUCCGUAAAAUACUCUCAAGAAAACUCCGUCCUCGGGAAAGUCUCUUAUUAGAAUUUAUUCACUCAAGUGGGUGGGGUGGGGGUGAGCGCUUAUUUGAAUUUGAUUGGGAGGAGGAGGGGGUGAGCGCUUAUUUGAGGUGGGCGCUAAUUCGAGGUUGGGCGCUUAUUCGAAUAAAUAUGGUAAAUUUGGUUGUCCAAAACCCAAGAGUCCUUGUCCAAAAAGUUUAGCUGGAAACUUGAAACUCAAAAACAAUCUUUCAUUUAAUGUUUAUCACAUUAUUGUACCCUUGUAAAUUGUUUUUGACUUAGACCUAAAACAGAGCUCGUAAGAACAAAUCAAAUAACUGUGGAAUGGCGAAGUUAAAAGGAAUCUCUAACCUUAUUUUGUCAAGUAUGAGGUUUGCUUUUAUGAUGUUUAAGAUGAAUUUUAAUUCUACUUUAAUUUGAACUGUUUCUCUAUUUUUCUAAUUAAAAAUGUGCUUGUCCCACAGACAAGUGACGUAAAAGGUUUACAUUUCCGAACUGAAUUUCUACCUGUGCUGGACAAUCAUGCAGACAUAGGUUUUAGCACACCCUGUUUUAGGGUAAUGGGAAUAUUGUUGUUAGAAAUGAUUUUUCAGUCACCUUGUACAGUAUGGUUUGCAUUAAUAGUAAUUUUCUACUAUUUAACCUUCAAAGUUAAACCUUAGUCUUGAUUAUUUCAAGAUUAGAAGUAAAACAUGAUUGUUAACUCUCUGAGAUGCUUAUAUGUUACCAGUCCUAAACUUCAAAACUGGUCUAAUAACCAACUUUUUAUCUGAAAUUUUAAAUUGUGAUGCUAACCUUAAAUGUUUUUAUUUACCUCUAGUGGAAAAUGUGGAAGCUGCAAAAGCUUUGAAAACGCCAGAAAACUUGAAGGAACUUAAAUCUUACGUCUUGUACAUGAAGGAUAAAUCAGGGAUAAGUGGAUGGACAAAACAACAGCAACUCCUUCAGGUAAAAGUAUUUUCAGUGGAGUAUAAAAUCAUUUUAUCAUAAAAGGGGAGUAUCUUGAUAGGUACAGCUGCCUCUGCCAUGGUAGGAAUAGCAGUGCAACUGAUUGUGUUGUAGAUAAAAUCUUUCCUCAGGUUAAACAGAAUUUCCUUUGUCUUCUGUACUAUGGGUACAGUUACACAGGAAAAAAAUAACAUAUUCCCAAUAUAUUUGGAUAUUUUAGGGUAUUUAAAGAAUACUCACAAAAAUCCCAAAUUUGGCAAAGUGAGACAAAUCCCAAACAGGGAAUUCCCAACCAAGUUCCCUGGUUGGGACUUGUCUCACUCUUCCAAAUUUGGGAUUUUUGUGGGUCUUCUUUAAAUACCCUAAAAUAUCCAAAAAUGGGAGUCCGUUAUUUUUUCCUGUGUUAGAAGUAGAAAUUUUGAAAUAAGCUUACUAUAGGUGGAAUACUGGUGAAAUCCUGGCAAGUAGUCAAAAUGUAUUUUACCCAAACCACAUUUACAGUGAAAACAUCUACAUACAGGUACAUGUACGUCUUAGUUAAGGGGUGAGUGGAAGAAGGCCCUGUAUGAGUCCUGAUCCAGUGACAAAUUCUUUCUUUGAUUCAUGAGCAUAUACAAGGCAAAUAUGAAAGGAGAAUCUAGCAAUGAUUGGUCACUGAGGGUUACAGCUGUACCUUUGUUUUUUUGGCAAACCCUUGAAUUUGUCUCUGGUGACUGAAUAAACCUGCCUUUAACAGCAACUUCCAUAGCACUAUUUUCCACUAACCAUACAUGUAAGUACAUAACUGUAGAGUGGUACAUGCCAGUAGCUCUGUUAUGGGUUCAUCAUCAUCAUCAUCAUCAUCACUCUUUGAGCCAAAAUGUGGUUAAGACCAUGUCAUUAAUUCAGAGCACAUGUACACACACUGUCAGAUGUUUUGUUAGUGCUCUGAUUACCUUGUAAGGGAAACAUAUAUAUAUACCAGUGAUAUCAUGAUAAUUAUCACUCUGUUUUGUUCAUAAUAAAGCCCACUGGAACAACAGAAUACUGUAGCCCAUUGCCUAGGAGGUUCAAACAAAGCCCAAGCUCAGGUUGGUUAUACUUUAUGUUGUAUCCCUUAAUAUUUUGUCUUUUGUAUUAGUGAUAAACUAUAAAAUGAACAGUACAUGACAGUUUGGCCUUCUCUAAGAGUAACCACAAGGGCCUCAGGCACCCACAUGUGUAACUCUCGCCUUUCUUUUGCAUGAGACAGUUAAUUACUUUGUCUAACUUAUUAUUAUUAAUAUCUAUUUAAAAUUUUUUUUCAGUUCACCAAUUACAAGUAUCAGAUAUCAAAGUUAUUGCAACAAUGGGUGAUGCAUUUACAGUAAGUAACAUGUUUAACUUACUGUUGUGUGUUUAUUUACCAAUGAAUAACUGAAAAAAAUUAUCUUUUGUAAGUCAAGCUGCUUGUGUCAAGUACAUGUUGGUUUUAGAAGUUGUACCACUGCCUUUUGCAUUCAAAAUAUUCAUUCUUGAUGAGUAUUUUGAUGAAAUUAUUUAUGAUUAUUUUUUUUUCCAAGGUUGGUCUUGGUGCACAAGCCUUGUCGCUUAAUGGGUUUUUUACUGAUUUUAAAGGAAUCUCAUGGAGGUAAGAGUUUAUCAUAUAUUACUACCUUAUUGUUGCUUUUGAUUUCUAAAUAAUGUGGAUGCUUUCACCCAAUGACUGUGUAUUUUCUCAAAAACUUAAUUCAUCUUAUGGCUCAGUGAACAAUUGAGUGAAAAGUGCAAUAUUUUAUUUCUAGACAGUGUUCAUCAUGAGCCAGUGUGUAGGUUUGAUAUUGCAAACAAGUCAUUAAUAGGGUUUUAACCAACAACACCACAGUCAAGUAUUAAUUUUAGCUUGUGUUUGAUUGGGUAUCAUCAUUUUAUGUGUUUUAAUCAACCAGAUUGCUGGAAAAUUUAUUGUCCUCUUUUAAGACAGACAGUUGACUAAAUUAUAAUAAUUAUAAUUUAUUAUUACAUGCUCACCAGUGUCAAGUUGUGUGAUCAGUUUUCCCUUAUUUUUUUUUAAUUUGAAGCAUUGGAGGGGAAGGAUAUUUGAACCAAUCCACAACUUUACCAAGUGAGUACCAUUUAUUAAGGCUGAUUUAGACCGUACUACAAGUGUUGUAUGCAACUAACAUGUCAUGACUUUCGACCAUCCACACGUGCACAGUUUUCACUUAUGACGUCCACAAUGUGUCAUACGAAUGUCGUGGGUCUAAUUUACAUGACACGAUCUGUUGUGAAGUCAUGAUGCAUGCUAGUGGCGCGCACGAUAGUCGAAAGCAAAAAUUGUACUGUCUAAAUCGGCCUUUCGUAUGAACAUGUAUGUAUUUACCCAUGUUUUAUGAUUCAGUUUUGUCCAUGGUUUAAUUUAUUUUGCUUUCUCUGGUUCAUUUUGGAUUAAUUUACCUUAAAUCAAUGGCACUUUUCCAGUAUAUGCAGGAUGUUUUUGAACUAGUUGUGUUUGUGACUUUAAAUCUUUAAUAAAACUUACCUGACCCCAAGAGAGCAAUAUCAUCAAAAAAUUUAGAAGUAAUUUCUGAAUUAGCAAAACAAAAGCAUUUUGACACAAUUGAUUACUAACAAAAUCAUUGGUUUUUCGACUGGGACUCAUUGAUUCUGGACUACACUGUUGGACUUGGUUUUCAUCAAUUGGUUUUUCAUGAUAUGACCCCUAGCACUCAAUAUAGUAUACAGUCGACUCUCUCUUAACGGACACCUCUAUAAGACGGACACCUCUGUAAAACGAACACCUAGAGUUGGUCCCUGCCUUUGCUUAUUCCCUUUAUUUGACUCUUUAUAAGACGGACAACUCUCUAAGACGGACACUUAGUGCCGGUCCCAAAGGUGUCCGUCUUGGAGAGAGUUGACUGUAGGUUAUUUGUAACAAUGCACUGUCCAAUGUAUGUACACAUCCUGUACACAUACUUUUGUGGACUGACUGCGUCUGGGUCACCAAGGAUGAUUCAAAGCAGAAAUUAUAUUGAAAUGCUGGCAGUAAUAAUAAUUACUAUUAUUGUUCAUUCUAUACACUUACAGAUAUCAUCAGACAGUUUAAUCCUUUACUGAAAGGUGCAUCAGUAACAAGUCCGUCAAUGGACAACAUCCCUUAUAAUGAUGAUCUGAAUGUUGCCUUUGUUGGAGCCUCAGCAAGGUCAGAAUAAAUAAAAAUAAACAUUUACACUUGCAUCAUGUAGAGUAAUGUAGUACUUAUUUUUAUUGCAACUUGUAUGUGUAGUUAAAAAGGCAAAAUUUGUCUUAUUCUUUGAUACUUUCAUUAGAGACCUUGAGAAUCAAGCAAAAGACUUGGUUUCAAGAUUGAAAAACAUGAAGGUACAUGUACAUGUAUUAUAUGCCAGAUUUAUGAGUGUCCUUGGGUUUGUUUAAGAGUGCAUUCAGUAAAAAAUGUAAUUAACGGUUUUUCUUUGUUUUGCUAAUUCUUAAUUAGAACAUUGAUUAUGAAAAUGACUGGAAACUUCUCACCAUGUGGAUUGGAACAGAGGAUCUCUGUCAAGUUUGUUCAGACAUGGUAUUAUUGCUUUGAGUUAUGUAAUCAAAUUAAAUUAAUCUGUGUCUUGUUUUGGGGGCUUAUCAAUUUUAUGGCUUGUAUGUUCAUUCAGUUGAAGCAGAAGCAUAUAACCCUUCUGGUUAAAGUGCUAGUCAUAUAAAUUCAAGGAAUCAUGAUUAAACACCUGUUUUUCAAAGGUGGUGGAAUGAUUGGUCUUGAAUUUCAAAUGGUUAGAGUGCUGGACUUGCAAUAGGGACUCCCCGGGUUCAAGCCUGUCAGCUGAGUUUGUUUUUGGCAGUCCCACGUCUUGCUCUCUGCCAGUUGAUACUCUAACUUGUUAUGCUUGUUUAGAUAUAUAUUUUUUCUUUCUGUCCUUAAUUGUGGGCCACAUUUUAAAAACUAUGCAGUUACCAGAAAAUAAUUUGUGUUAUCAAUGAAAAGUCUAGACUACGAGUAGUCCCCAUUUUUCCUCAGGGAUAGUAGAGCGAGUGAAACGCGAGCGCCCAUGAAAAUCACCCCUCGUGAAAAACAGGAGAAAGCCCGCUGGUCUCGCCGCAUCUCACCUUUCUCCCGUUUCUUGUGGGGUGAUUUUCAAGCGUGCUCGUGUUUUGCUCACUCUACUAUCCCUGAGGAAAAAUGGGGACUACUGGUAGUCUAUCAAUAGUCACAAAGUUUUAAUUUUUAUGUUUUCAGGAUAAACUUGGCCCAAGGUCUUUCAUAAAAUAUGUGAUGCGCACUCUUAAUUACCUGAAAGAGGAGGUAUGUUAAAAUAUUUAACUUUUAUUUUCUCUCUAGUCUUUCAUUUUCGUAGAAAAAAUAAAUCAUACUGGUUCGUUAUAAGUAAUUUCAGAGUCACAUUACUCUUCAGAGUCACAACAAAAGCUAAUGUCACCACACUCCUUAGAUUGACAACACUCUUUACAGUCACGACACUCGUUAGAGUCACAACACUCAAUUAGCUACCAGUAAUAGGAUCAAUGAGGCCUUUAUCAGUGCGAUGUAGGAGUAUACCCAGUUGUUUUGUUUGACUGAACAGGUACCCCAUCUGUUUGUCAACUUGGUCCCGCCCAUGGACGUGUCUCUACUUUAUGAAUUGCAUGGUGGAUCUACCAAGUCCUGUGAAAUCAUGGGCUGGUGAGUGAAAUAAAGAAUGUCUAGUAACACUGCUUUGGCAUGGUGUGAUAAUAUGACCAUUUCAGCUGCCAAAGUUGCAUAAUUUUUAUCCAUUAUCUUGUUGCCGGUUCCAUUAUCUGGGGUAAACGUUUUUGGCUUGUUUCAGUGAUUUGAACCACUUUGAUUUUAUAAACUAGUCGCUGACAUUGUAGCAAUUGUCAGAAACUUCAACUACCGUAGUGAAAACCAUCAGCAUGUGAUAUAUUGGAUUUGAGGCUAGGUUACAGGUACGCAGUGUUUCCAAGAGUUGUGCAAUCAGUCUGGUACACUUAAUGUGAACUGUGGUUUUUCUGAAACUAUUAGUUGUUCAGUUAAUUAUUAAAAGUAGUAUUUUCUAUGAGUUAUAAUCCGUGGCAGUAGUCUACACCUCCCCUUACCUUUUUUGUUAUAAAGUAAUACUCAAUGUAAUUGUUGUUGUGUUGUUUUUCUUUCAGGAAUUCAUGCCAGUGCUUGAAGAAAGAUGGCGACGAGAGGGCCAAAAUUUCCCAAGCUGUGAAAAAUUACAAGGUAACUUGUCGUGUAGCUCUAAUAAAGGUGGGACAUCUGAUACAGAAUAAAACUUUGAAAAACCUUGAGAUCUCGUUUUUAAUAGUGGGUUAACAUCGUUUAGAAUUUGUGAUGUUCUUGUAGGAGGUGUCUUUGUGAUUAAACGUUUAUUUUUUUUACCGUUUUUAGCACCUUUUGAUGGAACUAGUAAGCAGUGGUCUUUAUGACACACAGAACAACUUUGCGGUGGUUAUUCAACCUGCUCUUCAACUGCCUCCGAAAACUAAGGUAAGUUGUAGGCUGCUCUUUUGCUAUUUAAUUUAUUUUCCGUUAUCUGAGUGUUCAUAGAUAACGUGUCGUUGUCAGACUGAAAGUAACGUAUUCCAUUUACCCAGAUGUCGCUCAUGUAGUUUAUUGAUCUUUCUGGUAAUAAGCGGAGCUUGUUGAGCAUGAUCUUGAAAAAAGGCCGACGGCUACCCUGUUGGCGGUUUUUUUCCUAAGGAUCCUGCAGGGGCACCCAACGAGAAUAUAGUUAAACAUAGCAUUGUUAAACGUAUUUUAGUAUUUAAACGGUAGAUAUAGGCAUAUUUUUAUUCCUUAAAAAUUUUUCAUCUGUUCGGAUUUCCUAGCUGAAAGUCUCGAGAUCCGAAAAUCAUAGGGAUCAAAACUUACCUUUUCGAAAAUUUCAGCCAGAAAAAAGGCUCCCGAAAAUUCUAGGUGAGCUUUUUAGGGUAAAAAUCCGUUAAAAAUGGGCAAUUACACCAAUUUUUAGAUGUUCGAAAAUCCUAGGAGAGGUAGGCAAGCAAGAAAUUUUACAAAAAAUGUUCCGAAAAUUCUAGAUCUCAAAUCGUCUUCCGAACAGAUAUUUUCCGAAAAUUGACGUUGGGUGCCCCUGAUCCUCGGCUGUUCACGGAUUAAGACGGAAUUUAUAGAGCAUUUUCACACUCGUAGCCAGCCUUUAUGAAAAUAUCUUAGAAAAAAGAAAACUUUUACGUAAGAAAGGAGUUCAACUCCCACCAGAUUUUCUUGGUACACCAACAUGGCCACUGUUUCGUUGUUUUGAAACACCAAUAUGGCCGCCGCGACGUCAUGUGAAAAACGCUAAAUAGUUUAACUGUAUUGCACCAGCGCGGGACUUUAAAUACCUUUUCCUUAGCCCCCCAAAUUAAAGGCCGCUUAAAGAAAGACUUCAAAUCAUAAUCUCUUCUUUCAAAGGGCAUUUAUAUAGCUUCCCACCAACCAGGGCUCGUUAUCAUCUAUUGAAGGUAAAGCAGAAGUAUUAAAUCAUUAUCUUUACCUUUUCUUCUUGUAGGAUGGAAAGUUAUUGGAGGAAUUUUUCGGCUUGGAUUGUCUGCACUUUUCAGCACAGGGCCAUGCGGCAGCAGCUCUAGCCUUGUGGAGAAACAUGGUAUGGUAUGAUCUUAAAACAACGCCUAUGUUUUCCUGUUCAUCCAUUUCUGGUUCUCUGUUUUCUUUUAUUAAGCGGCCUCGCAUCCAUAGCCUGGGUCGCUGUCACCAAAAUAAGGGUCAGGGGAGGGAGAGGGAAGAAAAACGCUCGUCUCUCCCCAAUCCCCCUCUCUUUUCCCUUUCCUCCCCAAUCCGCUUCGACGUCUGCCAUGUAGGCUUCACUGAAAUUUUGGCGUCAUUCAUGAUGCUAUAGCUUCCCGUUAACAAGGGAGUAGCUAUUCUGUAAUAUGCGUCUAACAUAAGAAUACGCUUAAGGUUCAGCCGGGAAGGUCUCUAUAUCAAUGAUUCUCAUGACCUGUCUGAUUGAUUAAACAUUUAUUUUUUCAAAUUAAACUGUUAAAUGAGCAGCACUCGAAAGACGUGAAACUUAUAAAAGCGAUUUAAUCUCCUACGCAUUUCGUCACAUAUCGCGAAGAUCAUCAGGAAGUUCUAUCUAAGUAAAAAUUAAAAUCGUUAAGUGUGGAAGUGAGUUUACUGAUAGGCUGUGGGGUCAAGCUUCCUACUGAAGCAUGUUUAUAACACGUAACAUGUUCAUUUAUCCACUGUUUGUAGUUGGAGCCGUUUGGUUCUAAAACAAAAGGCUGGGCAGAUCAAGAAAAACUUAAGUGUCCCACAAAGGUUUGUAUCAAACUGUACCAGAUUUUUCAAUUGACUUAAUUCAUGUCCAAAGCAAAUGGUCUUGUCUCAAUGUAGUUUAUCAGGUAAAAGUCAGAGUAACUGUUUUCAUUCUGAUGAUUUUUUUCAAUGUAGCCGUUUACCGCUUCUCUAGAGCAGGUAAACGCCUUUUUAUAAAAGCUGGCACUUCCACUGUUUAUGUUAAGUAAAAAGUACUUACAUCUCUGUAAUGCGGACACUUGGCUCUGUCCAUGGCAUAGGGCUGACUAUUACUUUGUAACUUUAUGUUUUCAGGAAAGCCCAUACUUAUUCACCAAAACAAACAGUAAUACAGUUAUAAGUGAACUGAUCAGUGACGAUGACCAGGACUCCGCCACAGAUGACUUCCCUCCUGCCGCCGCUGUAGCGUUAGCUGUGUGUUUAACAGCUGUUGUGGUGAUUGUUGUUGUUUUUGUGUGGAGAACCCGGAAGUCAAGACCAAGACCAGAAGCAAGAAAACAUCUCUAUGCUCCCGGACCACACAAACCAAGGAUUUGAUUUACGGGCGCGCUAAUGUAGAAAUAGUCUUUUAACCUGCCCAGAGCGCUAUUUUUGGUUCAAGCUCUCUUAUACCUUCAGCCCUCGUCGGAGCAGACGAUGGAAAGAGAAGGGAAAGGUGUUGAAUCGAGCGGCUCCCGCUUCUGGUGCCCACUCGCUUCUCCCUUUCCGUGUUUUCUCCAUACUUCUCACGCACCUACAACGCCACUUCAGUGAGAACUCCGUUAAACAAUAAGGCUUAAUUGCCUCUGCACAUACGGUGUAUAAUUCAGUCCAACUGUCUGCCAUUUCUAUAAAUCAACAGUGAUAUCAGACGGUAAAAUUCUCGCUUUAAAGUGCGCACGAAGACAGGACGGUUAGUUGUCCUUUCUCAGUUUGAACUUGAAGGAAAUCAAGCCCGGAUUCAAAAUUAGAUGAUAAAAUAAAUUAGUUUGACAAGCUCUUAUUUAAAGAGUCCAGCAUGUUUUGACCUAAGUAUUACAAUUGAACAGCCCGGCAAUUUUUCAGACAUGCUUAAAGAACUAAAAUGAGGUACUUUAGAAACAAGAAGAAAGAAAAAAAAUAAACUAGUACCUAACAGUGAAACAAAGAACGCGUAG